AUGACUCUGCGCCAGCCGCCGAAAAAAGCCGCUGCAGCGACCUCAUCAGGACAAGGGAAAGCCGCAAAGAAGAAGAAAUGGUCAAAGGGAAAGGUCAAGGACAAGGCUCAGCAUGCUGUUGUGCUCGACAAGGCGACCUAUGAUCGUAUCCUCAAGGAUGUCCCGACAUUCCGCUUCAUCAGCCCCGCCAUUCUCAUUGAACGUCUCAAAAUCAACGGUAGUCUUGCUCGUGUGGCCAUCAGACACCUUGAGAAAGAGGGCUCUAUUCGACGGAUCGUCCACCAUAACGGACAACUCAUCUACAUCUCAAUAGGAGUUAGUCUUGUGCGCAACUGGAGAGCCGUACGAAGUGGCAUCAGCAAUGGACAAGUCGACCUCUCGCUACUCUUUCGCGUCUUUUGCUUUGGGUUCUACGUUUUCAUCGGGCUCAUACUAAGCUUCGUCUCCAUCAAGGCUCCCAAAUCUCCCGUUCCGGACCUAUGGCUGGCUUCUGUAGGCCUCUCCGUCGCGUUAAUCUUUGGUACACAAAGAAACGUUUUACAAGCGCUCCGUUUCUGGGACAAAACUCCUCGUUGGCAAGAAAAGCGCGUCGACCUUACGACUUGA